GCGAGAAAUGAAUAAUCGUACCUGUCAAAAUUCAACAACAAUAAACAACUUUCUAGUUGCCAGUUGAACGAUAACGUGAAAUGGUAAAAAUCGUGAUUUAAAAUUAACCAAUAAUUAAAAAAAUGUGUGCGCAUUGAGUAAUUACGAGUUUGUGCGUAUCGGACAGUGACAGUGAUUCAGGGGUUAAUACACCCCUAAAUUUUCCAUGGAAUAAAUUAAUUCAAAUGUGUUAUUAACACGAGAUGUUAACGCCUGGUGUUCGAAUUGUUCGAGGACCCGACUGGUCUUGGGGCAACCAAGACGGGGGCGAGGGUUUCGUGGGCACCGUGUGCGAAAUUGGCAAGUCUGGCAGUGUGGGAUCUCCUGAUAAGACUGCAGUGGUCCAAUGGGACAAUGGGACGCGGACGAAUUACAGAGUGGGCUAUUUGGGCAAAUUUGACCUCCGUGUCAUUGACAACGCACAAAUAGGCGUCAAACAUCCGAACAUUGUUUGUGAUGGUUGCAAAAGCCAGGGCAUUUGCGGCAUGAAAUACAAGUGUUGCGUUUGUUAUGAUUAUGAUCUGUGUUAUAUGUGUUACCAUGGUGAUAAGCAUGAUCUUGAUCACACUUUCAAAAGGUUUGAUUCGGCCACUGCUUUAGGAGUGGAUUUGCCACCUAGACAAAAUGGUCGAAAAUGCGAAUUGAAGGGCAUUUUUGUUGGGGCUAAGGUGGUAAGGGGGUACAACUGGGAAUGGGGGAAUCAGGAUGGUGGUGAUGGUAAAGUUGGCCGAGUUUUGGAUAUUAGAGGUUGGGACAAGGAAAGUAGUCGUUCUGUGGCCAAUGUUACCUGGUUGUCGGGCUCUACAAAUGUCUAUCGGCUGGGACAUAAAGGCGAUUGUGAUAUUAAGUUUGUAGAGCCGGCCAGUGGCGGGUUUUAUUAUCCGGAACAUCUUCCAAUUUUAGGUCAAAACGUAGAGCAAGCGGUGGCUCGUCCAGUCAGAUCAGGCCCUCCUCCAUUCAGUGUCGGCGAUAAAGUUAAAGUCGUCGUCUCUGAAGAACAGUUAAAGACUUUGCAACAGGGACAUGGUGGAUGGAAUCCCAAAAUGGCCGAAUACAUCGGCAAAAUCGGAAAAGUUCACCGAGUUACUGAUAAAGGUGAUAUUAGAGUACAGUACGAAGGGUGUCAUAAUAGAUGGACUUUUAAUCCUGUAACACUAUCCAAAGUCAAUUCGGUGGCCGUCGGAGAUAUUGUUUGUCUAAGUACGGACAUCGAGAAAGUCAAGGAACUGCAGAAAGGUCACGGUGAAUGGAUCGAAAUAAUGAAAAACUCGUUGGGUAAAUUGGGCAAAAUUUUGAAAAUUUACUCUGAUGGUGAUUUGCGGGUGCAACUCGACGGACAUGCAUGGACUUUAAAUCCACAAUGUGUGAGAAUAGUACCUGGAAGUGCAGCAGAAUUGGCAAAUACGAUGCAAGCGACGCAAAAUCAAAGACAGGAACCAUCAAUGGAAUGGCAUCCGGCGAAUCCAGCCGAUAAUCAGACGAACGGAGUGGCUGAUCAAUUAGUGAGGGAUGCAGCUCAGGGACAUUUAGAAACUGUACAAAGACUGCUCGAGGGUGUAUCUAGUAAUAUGGUGGAUAUGCGAAGUGGAGGCAAGACAGCCUUACAGGUGGCAGCACAUCAGGGACAUGCAGCAAUAGUAAAACUGCUGCUUCAUGCAGGAGCUUCUGUCAACGCCAGCGAUAACGAUGGCGACACUUGCUUACAUUAUGCAGCUUUUGGAAACCAACCAGAGGUGUUGGAUUUGUUGAUCAAAGCCGGCGCCGAUUUAAACACUGCCAAUCGUAGCGGUUGUACCGCUUUGCAUAUCGCAGCACACAAGCAACCGGCGCGAUGCGUCCAAAUCUUAUUAUCGGCCGGUGCUGAUCCCAACUGUACCGAUCUUUACGGGGACACUGCCCUUCACGAUGCCAUUGGAAAAGAUAGUUAUCAGGUGAUUGAACUAUUGUGUGCAGCUAGCGGUAUCGAUUUCACACUGAGAAAUAAGAGAGGCUUCAAUGCCUUGCAUCAUGCUGCUCUCAAAGGCAAAAAUUUCGCAACGAGAAAACUCCUCACGCAAGCCAGACAACUAGUCGAUGUGAAAAAAGACGACGGUUUUUCAGCCUUGCAUUUGGCAGCCUUGAACGGUCAUAAAGAAGUCGUCGAAACGCUCGUGCACGUAGGCCAAGCGGAUAUUAAUUUGAGAAAUAAUAGAAACCAAACCGCCCUUCUCCUUGCAGUCAGUCAAGGUCAUUGCGGAGUCAUCGAGCUCUUAAUCAAACUGAAAGCCAAUAUAAACGCCAAAGAUGAGGAUGAAGACACAGCUUUACACUUAGUUUUCAUCAAAAAAGCCCACUUGAAUGGAGAAAUCAGACAAGAAGAGAGUCCUGACAUGUGUGCAAUUUACGAAAGUAUAGGUCACGUGUCCGAAUAUCGUCUAGCGGUCACAAUCGCUUGUUAUCUCAUUCAAAAAGGGAUAGAUUUAGACGCACUUAACAGUAAGGGACAAUCUGCAUUGAGUCUCCUACAAGAUUCAAGUUUACAAGAGUUACUAAAAAGUUACAAGCCAAACUUAGACAGUAAUCAAAUUCAAGAGAAUACUCAGGAAACUCUCAAUUUAGAAUCUCUUAAUUUAACCGAAGCGCGUCAUUCGAUUGACGGUUAUAACUUAACCGAUAAUACCCCCAAACACAGUCCUGCUCGAAACCUAAUCGACGAUUCGAAAAACACUCGGAGAAGCCGUCGCGAGCAAAAGAACGACAAAAUCCUUGAUAUCGGUGGCACGUCUCAGGAAAACUCACCGAAUCAUAAAAAUCACUAUUACCAAAACGAAAUUGUCAGUAGCAAACCGGUCGAAUGUCUAGUUUGUUCCGAGUUAUCGGAAGAAAAUGUGAGGUUGGAUCCUUGUAACCACAAGCCGGCUUGUGAGGACUGUUCUUCGCGAAUGAAAAAGUGUUUGCAAUGCGGUUCAAUUGUGCAGAAGCGUAUCACAAAAGACGGUAGAGUUAUUCCAGCGAAAUCGAGACAGCCGAGCGCGGAAAGAAUGAGAUACUUGGAAUGCAAAAUCGCCGAAAUCGAGGAAAGUCACGCUUGCAGUAUUUGUAUGGAGAGGAAACGAAAUGUCGUGUUUCUUUGUGGGCACGGAACGUGCUCGAAGUGCGCCGAUACGUUAAAAACGUGUCACAUGUGCAGGAAAACUAUCACCAAGAAAAUACCUAUUUACUAAAGCUUUUAUUAUGCAGUAGUCAAAGACAAAAAACGAUUUUUGCUAAGAUUUUUUUGACAGCAGCAUGGGUUAAUAACGGGUGUUUCGGAAGCGACAUCAAAUUAAUUAUUUCUCUAUCUAGGAGCCUUUUAUUUUAUUUCAAGGGUGAAAACGGUGAUAAUAAAUAAAAUUAAUCCGUUUUUUUGCAAAUGAAAGACCAAAAGUAUGAAAAUUAACGUAAAUAGUUUAUCCAAUAUAUUAUCUUGUAGCUUGCUUAAAGGAUGCUUGAUUGUUGUUAGUAUUCUUACCAAUUGUAGCUACUGAAUGUCUAUUCGACAAGUUCUUUUAUUGUUCUUAUUUUUGGUUUAAAUGGCAUUUUUACAAAAUAAUUUUAAAUUUGAAAUCAGCUUUAUAUUAGAGUGUAGUAGUUUAUUCUUCCAAGUCGCUUCGGUGAGGUUCAAAUUUUUGUUCCCUGAAAAGCUAUAUCAUGUUUAAUAAUUCCGGAAGACCCGUUGCUCGCACAAUUUCGACGCAGUAUUUGUAUUACGUGUCUAUAAAACACUGAACAUACAAAUAAUAAAAUAAUUAUGAAAUAAAAAAGUUAUUUGUGAGUCAUUUUCUAUAUUAUGCGAAAGUAAAUUGUUUGUAUGUUUUUGUUACGAUGUAUAUUUAUUCAUUUGAAACUGUGAUGCAUAUUUUUUCUUAUUAUCGAUAGUAGGGCAUGAUCCCAAUGUGUAAGAUGUAUUAAUUCUUUAUAAAUUUAGACUGAGAAUAAAAAAGUAAACCGUA